CGGGCGCAGCGGGGAAAAUGACUAUUGGCUCCGGAACUCUACUUGUACUGCUGUCGCUCUACGGCUCGCUCCGGGCCCACAAUGGAAAUCUUACAGUAAGAGCAGCCUGCAAACCGGGUUUCUCCGAAGAAACUUAUACUGCUCUAGUCUCCCAAAGUGUUCUGCAAGGAGAAAAGUUACUUAAAGUAAAAUUCAGCGGCUGCAGCAGUUCCAAGGGAGUGCAGUAUGAGACCAACAACUUGGACUUCAAAGUGGGGGCUGAUGGGACAGUUUUUGCUGCCCGGGAGAUGCAACUCCCCCCUAGACAGAUUGCCUUCAUGGUGACCGCGUGGGACUACCAGGCCAUGGAGAGAUGGGAUGCAAUAGUCCGAUUAUUGGUAGGGGAAAAGAUCUUUCCCCACUCUGUUCAUAAGCCCCAAAAAGGGAGGAAGAGCACUUCCCUGGAAAUCAUGCAGCCGCCAAGUGAUAUGCUGUUACCAUGGCCCCAGCAUCAGAAUUCCAAUGGUCUACGAAGACAAAAGAGGGACUGGGUCAUUCCACCAAUCAAUGUCCCAGAAAAUUCCCGCGGUCCUUUCCCACAGCAGCUUGUAAGGAUUCGAUCUGACAAGGAUAAUGAUAUUCCCAUCCGAUACAGCAUCACUGGAGUCGGGGCUGACCAACCACCCAUGGAAGUCUUCAAUAUUGACUCUAUGUCAGGUCGGAUGUAUGUAACUAGACCCAUGGAUAGAGAAGAGCGGGCCUCCUACCAUCUUAGAGCUCAUGCAGUAGACAUGAAUGGAAACAAGGUGGAGAAUCCUAUUGACCUCUACAUCUAUGUGAUUGAUAUGAAUGACAACAGGCCAGAAUUCAUAAACCAAGUCUACAAUGGAUCUGUGGAUGAGGGUUCCAAACCAGGUACUUAUGUGAUGACAGUGACAGCCAAUGAUGCUGAUGACAGUACCACUGCCAAUGGUAUGGUGAGGUACCGCAUUGUGACUCAGACACCUCAGAGCCCAUCCCAGAAUAUGUUUACAAUUAACAGUGAAACGGGAGAUAUUGUCACUGUAGCAGCUGGACUGGACCGAGAGAAAGUUCAGCAAUACACAGUCAUCGUUCAGGCCACAGAUAUGGAAGGAAACCUUAACUACGGCCUCUCCAACACCGCGACGGCCAUCAUCACAGUGACAGAUGUGAAUGACAACCCACCCGAAUUCACCACGAGCACUUAUGCUGGUGAGGUCCCAGAAAACCGAGUGGAAGUGGUGGUAGCCAACCUCACUGUGAUGGACCGAGACCAGCCUCAUUCUCCCAACUGGAAUGCUGUCUACCGUAUCAUCAGUGGAGACCCAUCUGGACAUUUUAGCAUCAGAACAGAUCCUGUUACCAAUGAAGGAAUGGUCACUGUUGUAAAGGCUGUUGACUAUGAGAUGAACAGAGCUUUCAUGCUUACUGUGAUGGUAUCCAAUCAAGCACCCCUGGCCAGUGGGAUCCAGAUGUCCUUCCAGUCUACAGCAGGAGUGACCAUCUCAGUCAUGGACAUUAAUGAGGCCCCGUAUUUCCCUUCUAACCACAAGCUGAUCCGCCUAGAGGAAGGUGUUCCUAUGGGGACAGUACUGACCACAUUUUCUGCUGUGGAUCCUGACAGGUUCAUGCAACAGGCAGUAAGAUACUCCAAGCUGUCCGAUCCAGCAAACUGGCUGAACAUUAAUGCCACGAAUGGUCAGAUCACCACGGCGGCUGUCCUUGAUCGAGAGUCUGUCUACAUUAAGAAUAAUGUCUACGAGGCCACGUUCCUGGCGGCUGACAAUGGGAUCCCCCCAGCUAGCGGCACAGGGACACUGCAGAUCUAUCUCAUAGACAUCAAUGACAAUGCCCCAGAGCUGCUGCCUAAGGAGGCCCAGGUGUGUGAGAAGCCCAACCUGAAUGUUAUCAACAUCACAGCUGCAGAUGCUGACAUCGAUCCCAACAUCGGCCCAUACGUCUUCGAGCUGCCCUUCAUGCCAUCAGCUGUGCGGAAAAAUUGGACCAUCACCCGGUUAAAUGGUGACUAUGCCCAGCUCAGCUUGCGUAUCAUGUACCUGGAGGCUGGAAUGUAUGAUGUUCCCAUCAUUGUCACAGACUCAGGGAACCCGCCUCUGUCCAACAUGUCUAUCAUCAAAGUCAAAGUGUGCCCUUGUGAUGAGAAUGGAGACUGCACCACCAUUGGCGCAGUGGCUGCUGCCGGCCUAGGCACGGGGGCCAUCGUUGCCAUCCUCAUAUGUAUCAUCAUUUUGCUAACUAUGGUUCUGCUGUUUGUGGUAUGGAUGAAACGCCGGGAGAAGGAGCGCCAUACCAAGCAGCUGCUCAUUGAUCCUGAAGACGAUGUCAGAGACAACAUCCUGAAAUACGACGAGGAAGGAGGGGGUGAAGAAGACCAGGAUUAUGACCUAAGCCAACUUCAACAACCAGAGACAAUGGACCACGUAUUAAACAAAGCACCAGGUGUGAGACGAGUGGAUGAGAGGCCAGUAGGGGCUGAGCCCCAGUACCCUAUCCGGCCAGUUGUCCCCCACCCAGGAGACAUUGGUGAUUUCAUCAAUGAGGGGUUGCGAGCUGCAGAUAACGACCCCACAGCGCCCCCCUACGAUUCCCUGCUGGUCUUCGACUACGAAGGUAGUGGCUCCACAGCCGGCUCCGUCAGCUCUCUGAACUCUUCCAGCUCUGGGGACCAAGAUUACGACUAUCUCAACGACUGGGGACCCAGAUUCAAGAAACUCGCGGACAUGUACGGAGGGGGCGAUGAAGAUUAACUGACCUCAUAUUCUUAGAACAAAAUAAAAAAAAAAAAGCGAACGGACAGCAGAGAAGCAAGAGCUGUACAGAAGUGGCAGCUUUUUUAAUUACUCCCCCCUGCUGACUGUAUUAUUUUAGUGGUGAGUUAGGAGUUACUUUUAUUUUUUUUCCCCAGAACAUUGAGCUGUCUAGCAUGAACACUUGUUGUCUCUGCUCCUUUUUUUUUCUUAAGUGUCAGCAGGGUUAUGGCUCAUUACAAUAUCCGCUUUAUGACUAAGGAGAGUGAAAGGCACUCUGUCUUAACUUGAAUUUCUUAGAACAGAAGUACUGUUUUUAAAAAAAAAAAAUUUGAAAGUGCCUUUUGGUACAUGUAUCAGAUUCCCUCGAUCUCAGGAGCGAUUAAAAACAAAAGUUUCGACCAUCAUGAGCAGCACUCUCUCUGACCCCAAGCUAGUUCUGGCUCUGAAGGAAUAAUGAAGGAACCAUGGAGAUUGUUUCUGGUUUUUGUUUUUG